AUGAUCGAAGGGGCUGGAGGGUUGGAUUGCUUCAGAGCUCAUAUUCGCUUAAGGGAGUUUGGUAAGUCAGGGGACAAGGUUGAAUCCAACUUACCUGUUGAUAGCUUUAGGCCAAAAGCUAAUUCACAACAUGAUGACAAAGAACUUGGGGUCGAGGAAUCAUUCUGUGCCUCAUCCCUCUGCUCUGGCUGCAACCAAACAGGGGCUACUCACUCUGAAAUAAAUGCAGUUCAACAACCAUUUCAGGCUGAACAAUCAAUCCUUUUAAAGACCUAUGGAGAUGGAGAAUGUGUGCAAAUUGGUGAUAUUGACGUGCGAUCCAAUAUUACAGAGUCAAAGGAACAGGCAUCAACAAAGCUUUCCAGCAUGGACGCUCUUUACGACUUGUCUCAUUCUAGUGGAGCCACUGGUAUGGAGGCAAUUGUUGAGGACACAAACCUUGCAACUGCUUCCUCUGGAUCAAAUAUUUUGUCAUCCGAAUUCAAUGAUACCCAACAACCUCUUCUUAUAGCAAAAGAUUUCGCAGCCUCAAAAUCCACUGAUGAUGGACUUCAAGUCUCAUUAUCGGAUGAUGAUUUGCAAGCUUUUCCAGAUAAUCGACAGGAAGUGGAGAUGGCAAUGCUUUCUGGCCUUGAAUCACUUGGCUAUCCUCUUUCUCAGUUUCCUACAUGGUUUAUGAGCAUCAUCAUCUUCAUCAUUUUCUGA